AUGAUGCCAUCAGUCGCAGGAAAUGCCUAUGGAAAUGGUGAUGAGGACGGAGAGAAGGUAAUUGACCUAGCUUUAUCCUUUGAUAUGGUAAUAGGAAAUACCUUAUUUCGUAAGAGAAAUGAACCCCUUAUUACUUACAAAAGUGGUGAUAGAGCAAGUCAAAUUGACUUCCUUUUAUAUCGAAGGAGAAACAUUAGGGAAAUUAAAAAGUGCAAAGUAAUACCUGGAGAUCAAGUAACUGAGCAGCACUGCAUGGUUGUCAUUAAUCUCACCAUAGCUGUCUCGCAAAAACAGAAAAGGAAAACUACAAUUCAGAGGAAGAUAAAAUGGCUUAAACUAAAGGAAAAUUAUUUCCAACAAGAGUUCAAAGAACGAAUUCUAAGAGAGCUGAGCCACGAUAUGGAAGAUGUGAACACCUGGUGGAAUGAUGCGAGCAGUAUUAUAUUAAGAGCUGGAAAGGAAAUCCUGGGCGAGAGUAGUGGAAAGGUAUGGGAAAAUAAAGAAAUUUGGUGGUUUAAUGAAGAGGUGCAAGAGAAAGUGAGUGAUAAGAAGAAAACCAAGAAAAAAUGGUAA